GCACAGCACCCGUUCCCUUACAAAGCCACGGCACUGCUACAGCAAAAUCUACUGUACACAGAGCGCAAUGGCGGACUAUAACAGCUCUGCAGGCUCAUCUGAGAACUUCACAGCCACAGAUGUCGUUUUAACAGAUUUCCCCACUGCCACAGAUGACUACGGCGAUUAUACUUUUGUUUCUACAAACACUGCUCUUUUAAACCCAUGUGAGGGCAAUGCGUUGCAGGAGACGUAUUCCAAGGUUGUCCAGGUCACAGUUUUCCUCAUUGUCCUUGUCCUUGGUGUAAUCGGGAAUGUGCUGGUCAUCGCAACCUUUGCCCGCUACCGCUGCCUCCGUGUGCGCUGCAUGACCGACGUCUUCCUCUUCUACCUUGCACUUUCUGACUUGCUGCUGUUGCUAACAUUACCGCUGCAGACCGUCGAGACUAUCCGUGGUGACUGGGUUUUUGGAGAUGUCCUGUGCAAGCUCAACCAUGCCAUGCAUGCUAUCAAUACAUAUGGCGGCUUACUGCUGCUGGCUUGUAUAAGCGUCGACCGCUACCUGGUUGUGGUUCGGGCCAGGGCCGCACACAGGUUACAUCCGAGCAUGUUGUGCCACAGCAAGCUGUCUGUUAUCGCUGUGGCGCUAAUCUCUGUUAUCCUCAGCCUGCCGGAGCUCCUCUUCUCCUCUGUGGUCAAAGUGAAGUUGGAUGACAUGGAGACGUGUGGGAUGAAUAUAUGGGUGAAAGACAGCAGGCGGGUGAAAAAGUGGGCACGCGUGGCUAAAAUCACAGUGUUCUGCAUACCUUGCGUGGUCAUGCUAGUGUGUUACAUGGCCAUUGGGUAUAAGUUGGUGCAGGGAGGGAGGAAAUGCUGGCGCAGGCAGAGGACGCUACUCCUCAUGGUGGCGCUGGUGGUGCUCUUUCUGCUCUUCCAGCUGCCAUACAACAUAGUGCUGACAUUAAGAGAGACAACAGAUCUAAACAGCUGUGAACUCUGGGGCAGUGCUCAUCUGAGUGAAGACAUCACCCGCAGCCUGGCAUACGUCCGCUGCUGCCUCAACCCUGUUCUGUACGCCCUUGUGGGCGUGAGAUUCAGGAACGACGUAAUGAGAUUGCUGCAGGAUUGUGGCUGUGUAUGUGCUUGUCUGAAACACAUGAAACCACUGCCAACUGGUUGCAGCUCGAUGACUCCCUCCUCCCCUCCUCCUACUACUCUCUCACCCCUCCCCUCCGCCAGUGGACCCCCUAAAAACUUACUUGCCUGUAGCAGGCCCUCCCAGCCACAGGCUGAUGCUGAAGAAUCACGUGCGCCUGAUACAUUGCUUUCCUCUGCGCAACAAUCCCACAAAGAUCCUGCUUACGUGAGCUGGGGACAACACUGAUUCAGCCUCCUCCUGCAACAGCAUUUUAAUUCCUUUCAAAGAAUACCAGUUCCAACUGGCUGCUGUAUAUAUAUACUUUUAAGAGUUUUAGAUUGUAAAAUACUUAAACAACCCUCAGCAAAACAAGCAUGAUCAAGGUAAAACUAAUGUUAAGAACGCAGCUUUUAGAAAAGUAUUUGUAG